AUGGGAUCAGCUCUUACUUGUUUAAAACCAUCACAAUCACCACCGAUACCAUCGGUCGUUUUCGAACGAUACUUUUUUUUCAAUAGAACCACAAUAACAAAUUUACCACCAGAAUUUUACCUAAAAUGCCUUAAUAAAAAAUCCAAACAAUACCUCUGUAAUAAUGGGGUCAUCUUACCAACUAGCAUAAUAGAAGACAUCCAUUCACCAAUAUUUGAUUAUCCAUCAUUCUUGAGAGAAUUGAAAUUUUCGGAUAUUUAUAAUGGGAUUUCUGAUUGGUUUUCUAAUGUCAUUGGAAAUCUUGCAGAUGAACAACAAACCACCUUUUUAAAAAUUUUAAUCACGGAACAAUUAUUUAAAUUAUUUAUGAACCAAUGUUCAACUUUUGAAUUACUUUCAUUAUCGGAUAUACCUUAUGAGACAGCCAUGCCCUUAUUACCACUUUUAACUGGAUCGGUUAAUUGUUUUUCUCGCUUAAAAAGUUUUCAAUGCGUUAGUAAACACAAUAAUAAGAGUGAGAUUUUUAGAGCGAUUUCUCAAGUAUCAGAAUUUAUUGAAACUUUAGAAGUUGGAGGGGUUGAUCACGAUAUGGAAGUGAAAGCCUUAGGGGUCUUAAUAAGAGCUCAAAAAAAAUUAAAAUCAUUUAAAUAUACUUGGGAUUAUCAAACGAAAUAUCAAAUCGUAUUAUCGGACACACUUUGCGCGCUUCAAUCUCAAGCAAAAUCCUUAACGAUGAUUCAAUUCGAAUAUUGUAAUUUUCAUCAUUGUAAUACAAUGAAAGCUUUGACAGCUUUUGAAAAUUUAAAAUAUUUACAAUUCAUUCAUUGUAUAUAUAUUGGUGAUAAAAUGAAUACCUUCAUUAAUGCGAAAUUUUCAAAUUUAAAAUAUCUCGGAUUUUAUAAUAAUUGUAUAGAAUCUCCUCGAUAUUGGGUAUGUCCCGAUGACGUAGCCGCUUUAGUUAAUAAUUGUCAUGAUAAUUUAGAACAAAUCAUUUUACCAAGGACGGGAAAUUGUACCAUAUCUUCUCAUAAAUUAGUAAAAUCUCUUAGAUUAUGUAGAAAUAUUAAAGAUUUAAAAGUGCAAAUGGGUGAAGGUGAUAUUGAUGAAUUCCUGGAAUUCUUACAAAUUAAUGAAAGUUUGGAAAAUCUAACCUUAAUUUGCUAUGGAGAUUUAAAUAUUGAACCUUUCCUCACAAAAACGAAUCAAUCGUGGCCAAGUACUUUAUCGUCAUUAAAUUUGAGAGGACAAUGGAUUAUCUCUCCCGAAUAUUUUAAAAUGUUAUUAAAAGAAUGUAGUUCAAUAAAACGAUUGGAUUUACAUUCUUCUCAUAUAACAGAUGAUCAUGUUGGAACUGUAAUUGAUUACGUUAAAGAAAUGAGAGUUGCAAAAAAAGCAACUUUACAUAGUUGUUUAAUAUCUGGUGAACGAAUGUCUGAAAGCUAA